AUGCUUUUCAUUUCCUCCUCUUGUUGUAGCCGCUUGUUGCUCUUCAAUGGGUGUGGACUGGCCAUGACCGCCCAAUUGCUCACCUCCGAACUGUCAACCCUUAUACAGGAGUCCAAGAGGAAGAACCCAGAAUUAAGAGCGGCUGCUGAAAAGUCACUGAACGAUCUCAAGGCUCUCCCAAGGACGUCCGAAGCUCAAAUAGCAGCAGAUUUGAAAUGCCGACCGGUGUUCGUGAAGCCGUUCUUGCUCGCCUGCAGUACUCGCAAUCCAAAGUUUGCAGGUACCGCUGCUGUCUGCCUACAGCGGAUAGUCGUUGCCAAUGCAUUGCCCAAGGAAACCCUACCUGAGGUCCUAGGAGCUUUUCGAGAAUGCUCGACUUUAGCUCUCGAUAUUCAGCUCAAGGUGUUGCAGGCGCUUCCAUCCUUGCUACAGAACUAUGCAAGCAGCUUGAGUGGACAGCUUCUGGUGGCAGCUUUCCAAGUUUGCUUUCUUCUCUACAGUAGCAGGACUGCUGUUGUGUCGAAUACCGCAGCGGCUGCUAUACAACAGCUUGUGAGCUCUACCUUGGAGAAAGCUGCGAUAGAGAAUGAUGGACAGUUCGAGCAUGAGCCCUCUGUCGAGGUUGCGAUUGGAGACGGCACGACAUCAAUAUACGGCACAUCACUGGAUGCGUAUCGUCUCCUGGACGACAUUUGUCUCUUGACUGAUGGACAAAAGCCAAAGUUUCUGCCUGCGGUAAAUCUUGUUCAAAAUUACGGCCUGGAGUUGCUGGAGUCCAUGCUUGCAAAUCACGCGGAUACUGUCAUGGCUCAUCCGGAGCAGAUCCAUGUAUUACGUCUCCGGCUGAUGCCGUUGAUCGUCAAGAUCUUGUCGGAAAAAUCAAGCUUUUCGAGCACAGUCCGCACGAUGAGACUACUCAGAUUGAUCGUUAGUCGCCUGCUGUUUGCACUUGCACCUGAAUGCGAGAUGGUCUUGAGUCUACUGAAUCACAUGCUUGACCCGGACGCUGCCGCUCUUUGGAAGCGUGCUCUUUGCCUUGAGGUACUUCGUGGAAUUCAUUCCGAGCCUACACUGGUCAGGAGCAUAUAUGCUCACUUUGACGAAGCAGAGGAACAAAGGAACAUCAUUCGUGACCACUUGGGAAGCCUUGUACGACUGGCCUCGGAAAAGCCUGCAAUCAUUGGACUAGGGCAGCAGUCAUCAGUCCCUGUCUCGACUACGCAAGAUGACACUUCAGACGAGCAAGCCGCUAUCCAGGCUGGUGGUCUGAUAGGCAUUGGCGCCAUUCCCAUGGAAAAUAAUACCAACAAGUCUGGUAUAAGUUCUCAAUGGAGUGCUAUCAGAAUACCGUGCAUUGAUCAACUCGAUAAGUCAGAGCCCCCAACAUUGCCUGCGACGUACAUUUACAGUCUUGCCUUGACUUGUAUCACCACGUUUUCCGAGGGUCUCGCAAGAUUUUUGUUGCCGUUUACCGUGCCUACAGACAACAAGGCGAAACGAAAACAACCUACUUUGAAGGAUGUUGCUGUAGAAAGCCGGGCAGAAAAGAAGGCCGAAAGGACUCAGUCUUUCGGGGGCCGCAGAAUGCCUGUAAAUCCACUCACACUCAAGGAUCAUGUUCUGUACACACAGAUCUCGACCUCUGGCCACAUGGUAGAGCACUGUUGGCCAGCGCUACUUGCGGCCUCCUCUACGUAUCUCAACGCGACCUUGGACUCGGACAACUAUCAUGCACUGAUCCGAUCUUUCCAAAAAUUCACUCAAAUCGCUGGCCUUCUCGAUCUGGCGACUCCUCGAGAUGCGUUUCUGACAACCCUUGGUAAAAGUGCUGUGCCCUUGAUGAAUACCACGGUAGCAUCUCCGCAGACCAACGGACAAGAGUUCGGAUCUCUAGCAGGCGAGCUUACGGACAGUGACCGUGAUUCAAGCCCAGCGCGGAAUAGUAAACCUCGCCACAGUCGAAAGUCUAUGGAUUUAUCGUUGCCCACACUGAAUACCCGGCAUCUUCUCUGCUUAAGAGCUCUCCUGAAUCUGGGCAUCGCUCUGGGUCCGGUGUUGCAGCAGUCAUGGACGAUCAUCCUCGAGACUCUCCAGCAGGCAGAUCUAAUAAUUUCUCUUGCUGCCCCAGGUCGCCGAAAACAGAGCAGACGAUCAACAGGUGGAUUGGAAAAGGAUUCCGCCGCGGAACUUGGAGAUGGUGCCGAUGACUUGAGACUAGAGAUCACGGCUGCCGAGACUGCUGCAUCUAGAUUGUUUGAGAGUACGGCCGACCUACCGAACGAAGCUUUUAUGGAUUUUCUGACAUGUAUCUGCUCUCUACUUCCGGUCGGUGAGGGUUCGUCUGGAGGAACACCGAUCGAUGGGAUGCUCAACGCGAAACCUGCGGCACGGAAGCACCAGAGAGUGCGCAGCGUAUCUGGCAUUGCCAUGGACGCAGAUGUGGCAGGCCACAGCAGUGGAUUCGUGCUGGACAAGAUCGAUGACGCCAUCCAAAGUAAUGUUGGGCGACUACUUCAACCAGAGACGACGGAGACGGGUUGGGACUUCCUCUUAGAGAAGCUUACCAGCGUUUUAAGGAGUGGUCCCUUACCCUCGGACGUUCGCAUCAAAGCAGCGAGAGCUUUGGACGACUUGGUUGUGAUUGUGGCAGUCUCUGAAGAGGAGAUGUCUUCGGAAGAGCGUGACGCUGUCAGAGGCAGAAGCCUAGAAGCCUUGGCGAACGAAGUCUCAUGCCUCAGCGUUUCUGGACCGCAGAGCACGAGGAACUCCCAAAGCUGUGAGAUUGAGAUACAUCGACUUUCAUUGGAAGCUUUACGAUCAAUCCUGGAGCAUUGUGGUGAUUCACUCGAGAUUGGAUGGACCAGCGUUCUCACAAUCAUCAACAGCAUUUUCGCUACACCAGUAAGCGACCAUACGACUGAUGCAACCUCGCCUCGUAGUCGAUCGCAAAAGCUCGUCUCGCCUGCGUUUGGAUCGUUACAGCUCAUUUGUUCCGAUUUUCUAAGCUCUGUACCUCCUUCGCAUAUUCUGUCCUUAUUAGACACCCUUCAUUCUUUUAGCGCUCAAGACCAGGACUUGAACAUCUCCCUUACUACAGCCACGUUCUUUCGUAAUGUUUCAGACUUUCUACAGCGCGACGGCGGAAGGAUUGAACUGAACUUCUUGAAUACCCAUCAUCCGACGGAAGCUGAUCUGAAGCAGUGGGCAAAAGCUCAAUAUGACGAGAAAUCGACCCAAGCUUUGUGGCUAUACCUAUUGCUGCGUUUGACGCUGUUGUCCACUGAUAGCAGGCUUGAAGUUCGCCACAGUGCCUUGCAUACACUUUUCAGAAUCUUCGACGCGUGUAGUGAUCAAUUGCCAGCCGCAGCAGUACGGAUCUGUUUCAACGUUAUUUUAGUAAAAUUGCUUGAAUCAAAUGAGCUGCGACGACUAGCUUUGAAGAUAUCUCUGCAAUCUGUUUCCAAUGAGGGAUUGACAGACAGCUGGAAUGAGUCAGCAAUUGUUGAGAUUGAAGGCUUAUCGGGCUUGUUUACCCAAUGGCUAGAUACUUACAAGAGCAACGAAUCACUCGCCCCGAUGUUCCAAGAAUUCUUUGGGCAACUGAUCGGCUGCCUGAAACGGCAGUCAUUGACUGUUAGCAACGCUGUCUUUACUGGAAUGAGCAAAAUCCUUGCGGAGAUCGAGAGCCUCGAAAGCUUAGGGAAACCUCUAUUGGUCAAAGCGUGGCAAUUGUGGAAGGACGGUAAUCCCGCUUCUCACGUCGAUGAUUCCAAAAGGAAGAAUGGUAAUCAAGACGCCCUGAUGGCCUACAUGCUCUGCUUGGGGCAGCUCUUGCGCCUGAUAUCGCAGGACCUUCAACUUGACCAGGCGCACAUAAUUAUGUUGCAACUAAGAGCCUGCGUAGUGGAAUCGAAUGCCGCGGCCUACAGUACAGAUGUUGAUCGCGUGACGCCUGUGCAGGGCUUGGUAUUGGAGAUUCUGAACUCUAUACCCACCAAUACUCCAGAGUUGGUGCCAGAGCUCGUCGGAUCCAUUGAUGGCUUUGUGACCCUAGCUUAUGAACAGAAAGGCCAACCUUCAGGAAAAGCUCAAACUUAUAUUGCUCUCUCCAAAGCUGCGAUGGAUCUACUUGACUCAUGCAUUACAAAUCAAACCAGACGUUCGGAUGUCAAUGCCACAGAUCUGGUCUCUAAGGCCUGUUCUGCCCUUGCUAUACCAUUACACCUCAAGUACAGGUGGCAGACCGAAGGCAAGGGGCCAUCACCCUGGCGAAAGGCUACGUCGACGGCACUCGCGAUACUGGAAGCGUUCAUGCCUACCAAUUAUGCCUCUCAAGAUGGCAAGCAAUCCGACUCGCCGUUUUGGGAAGUGGUCGUCAGAAUUAGCGAUGGCAUUCUAGCGGCUGAUUGCGACGCAUGCGCCCGCUGGCAAGAGAUGUCUAAAGAUCAAGUCUUUGAUGUUGAUGCUUUCACAAGGCUGCAGAAGCUCAUCGUACCUGCUCUUGGGUCGUCAUCGAUAACCGAUGCCAUACGACGAAAGUACGCGGAGUCCAUCUUCACGCAUUCGAUGAUACAUGAGCCCCAUCCAGAUGACCUUGCCAGGCCGGAUCAGGAGCUCCUUGAGGGCCUACGAAGCACACACAUUGGCCGGGUCCAAGAGCUCCCGCCUUCGCCUCGGUCUAAGCUUAGCUACAUACUCCUCGAUGAGCUCUUCGGUCUCGUCGCUGUUCAUGAUGGCUCGCUUGAGCGCGUACGGCUAGCACAGGCAGCUGCUCCCUACCUGAUCUUGCGUGCAGGCCUUACACUGAAAGCAUAUAUCAUGGAUCAUCCGCUGCGAGGGCGUAUGCCCCAACCAUGGUCGCAAAAGAAAGAAAUGCUGCACGUUCUGCGCAAAUUAGUUGACUUGGACUCGGAACCGAAGGCCAUACCUGCUGCGCCUGGGAUUACUUCGGAGCGCAAGAAGCACUUGCAUAGACUGUAUCCAUUAGUGACAAAGGCAUUAAAGGCUGCUUGGAGGGACGAGGAAAUGACAAACGCGUUAAGGGAGGUAUUAGACGCUGUGGGAGAUGACUUUGGACUUUGA